UGCACGUUAGAGUGCACUGUUUGCAGUUAGCUGAGUCGCUAAGCUAAAUACCCUUAGAAUUGACACGUCGCCUGUGAGUGUGACAGCAGGUUAGGGUUUGAGGACUGUGCAUUGCGCUGGAGGAAAUCACAGAAAGAUGUGUCGACAGUGUGUGAAAUAGCUGUUUAUCUUCUCAGAGUGGGACAGAGAAGAGGUACACUGAAUAAUAAUGGCAGCUGGCCAGAAGAAAAGCAGCACGGAGACGUUCUUGCUGUCAGGCUCCAACGGCCUGAACGGCUCAAAAGCACAAGGAGUGGCACUAACAGAAAAAAACUGCAAUGGCAAGAAUUCCCGGCUGGCCAAGAUGGCCUCGAACGUGCAGGAGAAGUGUGCGGCGUACGUCCUGGCCUUGCGGCCAUGGAGCUUCAGCGCCUCUCUGACACCUGUGGCUUUAGGAAGUGCCCUGGCCUACAAACUGGAGGGCUCUGUUGACCUUGUCAUUCUGCUGGUGUGUGCCGUUGCCGUUCUGGUGGUGCACGGUGCCGGGAAUCUCGUGAACACUUACUACGAUUUCUCCAAGGGAAUCGAUCACAAGAAGAGCGAUGACAGGACUCUGGUGGAUCGGAUCCUGGAGCCGCAGGACGUGGUGAUGUUCGGUGCCGUGCUUUAUUCGGUGGGGUGUCUCUGUGCCACGUUGUUGUAUUUCCUCUCGACGCUGAGGCUCGAGCAUCUGGCGCUCAUCUAUUUUGGAGGGCUGUCCAGCUCCUUUUUGUACACAGGAGGAAUUGGUCUGAAGUACGUGGCGCUGGGGGACGUGGUGAUCCUGAUCACGUUUGGCCCGCUGGCUGUGUUGUUUGCACACGCGGUGCAGGUGGGUCACCUGUCUGUGCUGCCGCUGGUGUAUGCCGUGCCGCUAGCGUUGCACGCCGAGGCCAUCCUGCACAGCAACAACACGCGUGACAUGCAGUCAGAUCGCAGUGCCGGCAUCGUCACGCUCGCCAUCCUGGCCGGCCCGGCGCUCUCCUACGUCCUUUACAACGUGCUGCUCUUUGCUCCCUACGUGGUGUUCUGUGUGCUGGCCACGCGCUACACCAUCAGUAUGGCGCUGCCGCUGCUCACGCUGCCCAUGGCCUUCCCACUGGAGCGCCAGUUCCGCAGUCAGCACUACACCAAGAUCCCACAGAAAACAGCCAAGCUCAACCUGCUCGUGGGACUCUUCUACGUCUUCGGGAUCAUUCUCUCGCCGACGGGGAGCCUGCCACUGUUCUAAAAGAGCGCGUCCUUUUCUUAUUUUCUUAUUUUUACAGUACGUCAUAAAAGAAAUAGACUUCAUACCUCGUCAUUGUGAAUUUUUAUUAUAAGUACUGGACUUUGUUCCUCAAUUAUUCAUAGCAUUUUUUUUCCCCACCCCAUCAGUGGAAGUCCAGAUUUCUGCAAAACACACACUCGACACUGAAACUUAACCUGCUAGUACGGCUAGCCAUCUUCAAGAUCGCCUGGGAGAAAAGUGAAAUGAAGUCCUUUUCGUUUUUAUUUUGGUGUAAAAACUUUUCCCCCGAUAGUUUAGUUUAGUUCUUCCUCAGUUUAAUUUACGCCCCAGGGCUAACAAACCCUUUGCAGCGGUACAGACACUAGCUGAAAAAGGCAGUAUUGUACGAAAAGGUGUGUGAACAGUGUUUCUAUUUGCACGGUUGCAGAGCUUUGUGAGUCUUUAGUUACACAUGCCUGGUGAAACAGUUUAUUUUCAGGAGUUUGGGGAGUACUCAUGAUGUGGCGUUACUAAAUUUUACAUUUCAGAUCCAUUCAGUUACACAUGGUGUAGGAAUAAACAGCACCAGAUGUUACUGUGUGUUUUAACGCUUCAGCGCACUGAGACUGACCGGCUCGUCACGUGUUUAAAACAGCCGGUCAGUCUGACGCCAAGCUGAAGCUGCAUACCUUUUCAAGAAGGGAGAAUAAAAUGUGACUUAUGUACAUGGCAUAUAAAUUAACUCUUUGAUAAAGAUUUGAACAGCAUCAAGUCUUUAAAAAAAAAAUAAAUGACAUUUUAAAGUAA